GAAUAAAGUAGUUUAGGCCAUGUUUCUGUGUUACUGUGUUCCAUAAUCCCCACCCGGAAAUACUUGAAUAUUGGCUCACCACGUCGGCCAAUUCGGAGGAACAAAUCAUCUGAAGUUCUGAACUGAAUUUGGCCCAUUCUCAGCUAAAAUUACACAAUUAAAACGGCGAAUUUCACUGGUUGCUCCUGCUGGCGGUUGAGAAUACUUGCGGUCAUGUUGCCGUCGGCAACUCUUUGGUGCCGGCCAUUUAGUUCUGCACGGCCUUCGUCGGCUCCCAGAAUCUCAAACGGCAUCGCAGAGCGUAAAAAAACCCAGAAAUGGGACGAUAAUUCUAAUAUCAAUUCUAAACAGUUGAUGACCAGGAAGAAGAUGAUGGGGUUCAAUUUGGGAGGAAGUCAACUUCUUAUGAGCAAUGUGAAUCGCCGGAGUACAACCAUUGCCGGAGUUGGCCGCGGCGGUUCAGUCACGGAAUUGGAUGAUAACGUACGGAAAUUUCUCCAAGUUGCUCUGUGGGCUACUGAAGCUGUCUAUAUUGUGUGGCUUUUCUUGCUCCCGUAUGCCCCAGGGGAUCCUGUAUGGGCCAUUAGUUCAGAGACGAUCAAUUCCUUAAUCGGCCUUUCUCUCAAUUUCUUCUUUGUUCUGCCUUUCUUAAAUGCUGUUGGAGUUCACUUGCUGGAGGGACCAGUCCUUCACCCGAUGUCUGAGGGCUUAUUCAACUUUGUGAUUGCUUGGACCUUGCUAUUUGCACCAUUGCUGUAUACUGAUCGGAGGAGAAAUAGCUACAAGGGUUCACUGGACGUCUUAUGGGGAUUUCAAAUGUUCCUCACAAACACUUUCUUGAUACCAUAUAUGGCUCUCCGUCUGAACAAGGGUGAUGAGACUCGUACUAAAAGGAAGACCUCGCCCCUCGGUUCCGUAAUGAUUAAUGGUGCAUCAGUUGUUGGAUUGACCGGUGCAGCUGUUUGUCUGUUAUCUGUUUUGUGGGCAAUUUACGGACGUGCGGAUGGAGAUUUUGGCAAUAUAUCCGAGAGAUUGGAUUUUUUAGUGAAUUAUCUUGGUUCCGAAAGGCUUGCAUAUGCCUUCAUUUGGGAUAUAGUCCUCUACACGAUAUUUCAGCCUUGGUUGAUAGGUGAGAACCUACAGAACAUUCGAAAAGACAGUGUUAAAAUAGUCAGUUACCUCAGAUUUGUGCCGGUUGUGGGCUUAGUGGCCUACUGUAUAUGUUUGAAUGUGGAGGAAGAUUCAUAGCUGUAAUGUUCUAAAAUCACAUGUAUGAUAAAUCUAUUUCCUCUGAUAUCCAUUUUUUAUUAAAAGAAAAAUUCCUUGAUAUCAGUCUGUGCUGGCCAUUGGUAUCAUGGAUGGAAUUUCCAUGUUUCCCUUUAUUCAAGUUGUGCAGAUGUUCCAAGUGUUUCUGAGCUUCAACUUAAACACGGAGGUUAAGGUAGCAACUAUUGACCUAGAUGCUAUGAAUGGAGAACACUACUAGGACAUUUACAAGAAAGUUUUUCAUAUUCGUUUUCAACUUUGAGUUCAGGAGCAAGCAUGAUGUGAAAUCUUCUAAAGCAUGGAAGUCUUCAGAUUCCAAGCCUUCUUGAGCUGAUGACACAUUGAGACUUUUGGAUCAAGUAAAAGUAAAAGAAGCAGCUAAUCUGAAAGUAACUUCCAAUAAAUCCUCCAAUAAGAUAAUACAAUCCGCAAUCUCAUAAACUUGCUUAAAAAAAUGGAAUUGAACUGUUUUUAGCCAAUUAUGAGGUCAAAUUGCCACCACUCUGCUGCCAUAGGUUGAUAAUGUCAGUUGCUUGAUUCAAAAGGAUGAUCAUUUUCUUCUGGGAUAUCCAUGGCUUGCUCUCUAGAGUAGCUUUGAGCUCUUCCCAAGCAUCUUUCCUUGGCCAAAAGAAGUAAGGACUGAGAGGAACAGUUCCAUAGCCAGGUAUCCUUUGAUCCAGUGACAAACCAAUGUUCUUCUCCAUCCAUAUGAACUUCAACACAAGCUCAGGCUUCGGCUUCUGUGCUUUCUUCGCCACAAUUUCUUCCACCUGGAAAGCAAAAAAAAAAAAAAAAAAAACAAAAACCCAAGAAUCAAAAAAGAAAGCCUCAAUAAGGAUCAACACAUAUAAAGAAAGAAAGAGACAGGAAGUAGGAAUAAUACAUACUGCAGGGAGGAUGGUUUCCUGUGGACUCUCAGGGGGAGUUUCUACUGCAACUUCUUCUGCAGUAGCUGAAGCAUGAAGCUUCUGAAUUCUGCUAAUUGGUUUGGUUUUGAUACUUAGAAGGAUUGAUGGGUGCUGAGAACCAGCUUUGUUAGGCCUAAAAGAAGAGUCUUGUGGAGGAAUGAUGCAGGAGAAUUUCUGGGAUGGAAAUGAAGGACAUGUUAAAGUGCUCCUAACACCAGAUUGAACUGACAUGGACAACAUUUUCUGAAUUCUUCCCUGAACAGAACAAGAUGGCAAGAAAGACAGGUACAGGAGGAAUCUAUAUGAAUUGGAAGAACCUCUAAAGAUUAAGGUUGUUUAGAGGAGUUGCUUCUUGUUUGUUCACUCAGGAUAAGGUAUCAGAUCAGGUUACUGUUUGAGUUACUGAUGGGAGAGAAGAACUGAACAUAAAAUUUGGAUGGGCCAAUGGGCUUUAAUCUGUUUCGGCUACAUUAGUAAGCCCAACAUGAUAUUGGAAAUGAAAUCCUCAUUGACUUGUCUAAAUUUUAAUUUUUGUCAGUUUUUUUUUUGUUGAUAUUUUU